AAUAUUACGACUAUAUGUUUUAUAAAAUGAUGCGUGGUAUCAAACGCUGCUUGGAAUGGCGGUGUUUGGCAACUCCAGUCUGGAAACGAACCACUAAUCUUGGACUAGCCGGCCUACGCCGCUGAAGAAUUUAUUGUCUUCACUUUAGCUGGUGUAUUCGUCGCGGCAGGUUGAAGUGCAACUGUACCAGCUAGCUAAUAACACGAUCGAUAAUGGAACAGUCACCAGCGCUCGCAGUUCAGGAGCCUAAGUACCUCCUGAAAAACGUGACCAUCCCAAGACUGACUCCUAAGGACGACAGCGGAGUGAUCAUCAGACCUAAACGGCCAUCGAAGUUUUUGGCAUACGAUUUACAUUUCCCGCAAACUGCAGAGCGAGAGGCGGCUGAGAGCGGGAGUCAGAAUGAGUGCAUCUUGCUAGACAAAAGAUUUUUGGAAGUAAUUAAUGAUCAGGAGGCAAUUGUAAAGGCCAAAGGUGCCCAUUUUUUAACGUCGGGUGACGAUGAAAUGCUUUGUAUUGAAGAAAAAAAUGACAAUUGUGAAGACAAUCUCAACAUUUUUGUCAAUGGUGCGAAUAUUAUGAGCACGAAUGGAAAAGAAAUUAAAGAAGAGAUUCCUCGAGAAAAAGUUCAAAGGGUGCACAUGAACAGGCGAAAAUUUGCUGAUGACCCUGUUGAAUAUAAUUGCAGGCAAACCGGCAAUAAUUCCAGCGAAGUCUGCACGCGGCAGCCAAGUCUGAAAAAUGAUAUCGUUACCCAUAGGCAGACUACUGAAGCACGGAAUUCGGCUUUAGAUUUAAGACACCGAGCGACGAGCGUUAAAACGUUUGAAUCCGUAACGCGACUGACAAGCAUCACCGGCACUGCAACUCACUCAGCCAAAGUUGUCAAGAAUAAGAUGGAUCAUCUUAUAAAUGUCAAAAAGGAUGAAAUAACGUCGCAAAAAAAGAUUUGUGACUCUCAUAAUUCGGAAACUUCAGCUCUACGAGAAGACGCUCAAGAAAAGUCGAAAUUGAACUCCAAGAUUGACUUGAGUAAUAAGCGUCUCGCUGAGGAAGUUGAUCGAAAUCGUAAAUUAUGCCAUGAUUUAAGGAGUAUUCAAGAUUCUCUCCAUCGACGAAGGGAAAAUAUCAUAGAAGAAGUGAACGAAUAUAGGAGGCAAGUUCGUGCAACAGAAGAUUAUUGUGCGCUGCUGGACUCGAGGGAAGAGGUCACCUCAAAGGAAUUGGAACAGGUCGACAGAACUCAUUCUUCCCUCUCAGAUGCUUGUCUUGAGAUGGAAAUCAUAAUAAGGAAGCAAAAAGAAAGACUACGAGAACUGCACAACGCCAAGCUACAAGCUUUCCAAGUUCUGAAAGGAUUUAAACUGGAAAAUCGUUAAUUUCCUGUAUUUAAAUUUCGAAGUGUUACCAUAAUUUUUCCUGUAAAAAAUUAUUUGUUACAACGGUAUUGUUUACUUUCCGGGUCAUCUUGCUUCGAAUAAUAAAACUCCCGUUUUUCUCUGUUUAUUAUCAGUCCACUAAUUGAUGGCAAAAAUUGCACCGUAUAUUCAGAACUAAGUUUCCUCCCAUUACUUCUAAUCACUGGCGAUUCGAAGUACAUCGGGUGAGAACUUUAGAUAGGCGUAAUAUUCAAUCAGUGAGAGAUAACCAGGUACGAUUGUACGCACUGGAACUUGAAGGUCAAGUUGUUCUCAUGUUAC